UGGGCGUGGGCGUGUGCUGCAUGUCAUAAAGGCGGAUGAUGUUGCUGUCGCGUGUCAGCGUGGCCAACAGGCCCAUACGUGUGGGGCACCAGGCAACCUGGGAAUGAAAGGAAAAGGAACCGAGCGCUGUCCAUCCCUAUGCGACAUCGCACUUCACGUCGUGCACUAGUCCUAACUGGUGAUCAGGACGAGAUGCUGCUUCCUAAACCACUCCAGAUGAUUAUACCUAAACCGGCGGCUGUGUUUAAAUGAUAACUAAGGAAUUCAUAAAGUACAGCUUCAGCCCAUAGUUGAUACAGUGACUGCAGAUGGGCCAUGUACUGUACAUUGAUUCUGUGCACCAACAAUUGGGGGUGUGAAUGUUGAGAAAGAACAACAUGGGGAAAGGAGUGGCUCUGUUCCUUCUACUGUUGGCACUUCUUCACGAGGCUAUAGGUCAGAGAAGAAGAAAAGGAAAGUACAGUGUCCUCAGAGAUGGAGGAAAUGACAUGACAACAUGUUCCAUGGAGGUGGCCUUCAUUCUGGACAGUUCGGAGAGUGCCAAGACCUUCCUGUUCGAGAAGCAGAAGUCCUUUGUUCUGCAUUUCAGCACUCGUCUCACCAUGCUCCAGGUAUCUGGAUGGACCCUGAAGCUGCGGAUGGCUGCUCUGCAGUACAGCAGCUCCGUAUCUAUAGAGCACAGCUUCACUGCCUGGCAGGACCUGGAUGUGUUCCACAGCAGAGUCAGCUCCAUGGCCUACAUAGGCCAUGGCACCUACUCCACCUACGCGAUCACCAAUGCCACGCAGCUCUUCACCCAGGAGACCAAGGAGGACAGUGUCAGGGUGGAGGUGCUCAUGACUGAUGGUGCCGAUCAUCCGAGGAACCCUGAUGUGAUCGGAGCAGCGGCAGAUGCUAAGGCUAGUGGCGUGAAGCUCUUUGCUGUAGGGUUGUCGGACCUGGCCCGCCAGAGCCAGAAAAGUGCCAAACUUCGGGCUAUCGCCAGCACACCGGCCCAGCAGUUCGUCCACAGUCUCACUGACCCCCAGCUAGAGGAGAAGUUACUGAAAGAGUUGGGUGCAAUAGCGCUUGAGGUGUGUCCACAGGCUAAAGUGUGUUUGUGUGAAAGAGGGGAGAGAGGCGCUCCUGGAAACCCAGGUAAAAAAGGAGAUCCAGGAUAUGAAGGACCAUCUGGUCCAAAAGGAUCAAGGGGAGAACCUGGAGUCAGUGGCCGACCAGGAAGUGACGGUCUUGAGUUGAGAUACCUUCAGCACUGGGUGUUGAACACGGUUGUUCUUACUUCACAGGGCAGUCCUGGUUAUAAAGGUGACAAGGGGGAGAUAGGAGACUGUGGCACCCCUGGGGAAAAAGGAGAUGAAGGCCCUGGAGGACCUCCUGGCCCACGGGGACCCAGAGGAGACCAGGGUGUUAACGGACCACCCGGGGACCAGGGUCCGGAGGGCCAAACAGGACCUAAAGGGGACCAAGGACCCACCGGUGCAUCUGGACCAGCAGGUGACAUUGGCAUUGGGUUCCCAGGUCCAAAGGGGGCCAAAGGAAUUCAGGGAAGACCAGGAACCCUUGGUCCCAUUGGAAUUGGAGAGCCAGGACAGCCAGGACCCCCAGGACUUGCUGGAGCACAGGGUAACCAGGGAGUUGUUGGGGAGGGGCUCCCUGGCCCAAAGGGGGAUCGAGGCUACGAGGGCCCCAGAGGUGAGCGUGGUCUCACUGGUGUUGGGGUCAAAGGUGAUAAGGGAAAUCCUGGACAGCUUGGAUCACAAGGACCGGUGGGAAUGCCAGGGGCAGGAAUUCAAGGAGAAAAGGGGAGCCAAGGGCCAGUUGGCCCUCCAGGCCCCAGAGGGAAUCCAGGUGUGGGACUUAUGGGCCAAAAGGGAAGCCAAGGCUUCUCAGGUGAGCCUGGAAUCCCAGGGGAGAGAGGAGUCGGGGAGCCAGGACCUAAAGGAGACCCAGGAUCGGAGGGGUUGCCUGGUAUUCCGGGCCUCUCUGGAGAGGAUGGAGACAUAGGACAGAAGGGUGACAUUGGGUUACAGGGGCCCAGGGGACCUGAUGGGGCACCCGGAAAAGGUGUCCCUGGAGAAAAGGGGGACCGAGGGGAGCGGGGCUCCAGGGGCCAGCUAGGAGCAGUAGGGCCUGUGGGGCCAAUGGGGGCCAAGGGUGAACCCGGAAGUGCUGGACGAGCAGGUACAAAUGGACCACCUGGGCGGGGAUUACCCGGUAUCAAGGGGGACCCUGGUGCGGUAGGCCCACCCGGACAUGUUGGUGAAGCAGGAAUAGGAAUCACUGGACCGAAGGGUGAGAGAGGGCUACCAGGGCCCAUUGGUCCACCUGGGCUUGAAGGGGAAGGCCUCCCUGGAACUCCAGGCCCCCCUGGAACACCAGGACUGACAGGUGAGACUGGACCAGAAGGAAAAGGUUUACCUGGUCCUAAGGGAGACCGGGGAACUCCAGGCCCCACAGGACCAGCUGGAGCACCUGGAGUCGGGCUAAUGGGUCCCAAGGGGUCAGCAGGUCAGAUUGGAGCACCGGGUCCCCAGGGACUGCCUGGAGAGGGCAUUCAAGGACCAAAGGGGGAGUCAGGAUUCCAGGGGAUCACGGGCCCCAGGGGGCCCCCAGGACAGGGUAUUCAAGGGGAUAAGGGAGACAGGGGGUUCGUGGGUGAACGAGGCAGAAAGGGGGACAGGGGAGAGACUGGAGAGAGAGGAGCUGCUGGACCUUUGGGCAGACUGGGAGAAAAAGGGGAACCUGGCCUAACAAGAGAGGAGGUCAUCAAACUGGUCAGAUCUAUAUGUGGUUGUGGGGUGAAGUGCCGUGAGAGCCCACUGGAGAUGGUCUUUGUGAUUGACAGCUCAGAGAGCGUUGGCCCCGACAACUUCAACGUGGUCAAGGACUUUGUGAACACUCUGGUCGACCGCGCCUCCGUGAGCCGGGAGACCACUCACGUCGGGGUGGUCCUCUACAGCCACAUCAACAUGGUGGUGGUCAGUCUGCACCAGCAGGCCAGCCGGGACCAGGUGAAGGCGGCGGUCCGCACUAUGACCUACCUGGGCGAAGGCACCUUUACGGGCAGCGCCAUCCAUCAGGCCAACCAGGUGUUCCGGGCGGCCAGGCCUGGGGUGAGGAAAGUGGCCAUAGUGAUCACAGAUGGACAGGCGGACGAGAGGGACACUGUGAGGCUGGAGGAGGCGGUGAAAGAGGCCAAUGGCAGUAACAUUGAGACGUUUGUCAUCGGGGUGGUGAACCAGAGUGAUCCGCUGUACGAGGAGUUUAAGAAAGAGCUCCACCUCAUGGCCUCUGACCCAGACAGGGAACACGUGUACCUGAUUGAUGACUUCAGGACACUUCCUGCCCUUGAGAGCAAGCUGCUGAGUCGGAUCUGUGAGAGUGAUGGUGGGGCCCAGUUCAGCUCCAUCCCCAGCUCCAGAUACUCCCCCGGGACCCCUGGACAAGCUGGGAUUGUCAGGGAAACCCCAGAGAGGACUGAUACCGACACGCCCACUUUCAAUGGAGACUUCAAGAAAACACAGAUGGUGCCAGGUCCACCAGGAGAGUCAGACAGAGUCUUUACCCCAAUGGGCCCCGAGACCGGGGACCGAGAUAACUCGGAGACCUACAGGGUCCCAUCCUUUGACAGGGAACCCUUCAAGCGCCUACCAGAGUUCCUUCUUCCGUCAGAGGUGAAGAACCCCACCCAUGGUGUGGUCAUGACUGGCCCCCAGGCCCCCACCCAGAUGCCCCUUCCCGUAGUAAAGCUACCCAGGCUCCCCCCAACCUCUCCACCUCUGCCCCAGGAUGCUUUAAUACCAGAUGAGAGCUGUGGACAGAUUCUGGACCCCGGGCCUUGCAGGAAUUAUGUUGUGAAGUGGUACUAUGACACUACGGCUAACGCCUGUGCCCAGUUCUGGUUUGGAGGUUGUCAGGGAAACCAAAACCAGUUUGAGUCGGAGAAGAGCUGCAAAAAAACCUGUGUGAAGGUCUAACAAACACGUUUGUUGACUUGUUUUGAAUGCUUACAAAUCUACUUGAUUGUAUUGAUGAGACAGAUUAUAUAUUUGUGUCAAAGGUGGGUCAAUUUCAAUAUCAGUGCCUUAUCUCUUCACCAAUACUUUGACAUGGGGAUAGAAAACUUGUCAAAGAGAGGACUAGGUCAUUUCAGGACCAAAUGUUCAAUCACAAUUAUUUUGGAUUCGUAUUCUCUCGUCUCAGAACUGUUGGUGGUAACAUGACACCAUUUCAAUUUAACUUGAAUUAAAUCGAAUUAAUCCCCUCAGGGGAAAUAAGCUAUUUACAUAACUCUGUAUAAAUGUGUGUCCUUGGUUUAACAUACCUCCAAGAAAUGAGGGAGCUUAACUGGAAGUGAAUGAGACUUAGGGCUUUUGAAAGAAGUAUACAAUGAGGGAACCAUUCCAUUUAUUCAUCUUCAAGAUGGAGCAAUAAGCGCAGUGCGAACCGUAUUGGUUUCCAGAAACACUGUUGAACACUAAAUAGUAAUGUUACAAACGUGGCAGAAGGUCUUUACACUAACCUUUAUCCCUGAUUAACUUUUCUAUCAGUAACUCAUUUGUAUGAAAACUGACUGCUGGAUACUAGUUUAUAAUACUGCACACCUUCAUUAAAGUUAAUUAAAUGAA